AUGUCAGAGCCAAAACCUACCGAAUCAAGAAUUGGUCGAUCGAACCAACGUUAUAAUGAAGAAUCGGGAGCAAGAAUGGUGGCAGGAUGUAUAUGUCUUAAUGAAAGUAAAGAUAAAGUUAUAAUGAUAUCAUCAUCACAUAAACCUGAUAAAUGGAUCUUACCUAAGGGAGGAAUUGAAUUAGAUGAAACUGAUGAUUUCAUAGUUACAGCCUUGAGAGAAACUUGGGAAGAAGCUGGAGUUGAAGGUCGAAUAAUUUCAAAAUUACCCAUUGUAUAUGAUAAACGAGGUAAGACAGCUCCUGUUAUAAAAGGAGAUUUCAAUCCUGAUGUUAAUUUACCAAAGACUGAAUUCCAUAUGUAUGAAUUGAUUGUUGAUAAUUUAAGUCAAGUUUGGCCUGAAAGUGAUAGUCGUCAAAGAAGAUGGUGUACAUACUCUGAAGCUAAACAUGAAUUGAUUAAAGCCAAACGUCUUGAAUUGGUUGAUGCUUUAAACCAGUCUGGGAUUAAAAAGGAUGUACCAAAUGAUAUAGAGGAUGAAUAUUAG